GGCUCAUCUUUGCCGGGAAGCAGUUGGAGGACCAGCGCACCCUCGCCGACUACAACAUCCAAAAGGAAUCCACGCUUCAUCUUGUGCUGCGUCUGCGUGGAUCGAGCGCGCCAAAGUCCGGCGACCGGGAGGAUGCCAGCAACUUUGAAUCACUCGAUGCAAUGCAAAUGUCCGGGAUUUCGGAGCACGUCAUCUACGAUGUGAAGCAGCGCGUGACCCUUCGUGCCAAGGCGAGCGCCAUUGUUCCUGUCCAGGAGUACGCCAUCACGGGCAAACGCGUUGUCGUCUACGAUCGCAAGAUCAACGAGGUCAACGCCAUGCGUGCGUUCCACAUUGAGAACACGACUGACGACGUGCUGUGCAACGGCACUGUCAGCAUCCUGGAGGGCGGUCGCUUCGCCGGUCAGGUCGAGUUUGCCCCCAUGCUCCCCAAGGACGACCAGAUUAUCCGUUACGGCCUGGACACGAGCGUGAGUGUGACCGCGACCGUGGGCAAGAAGGACGAGGCCAUCUCCGACAUGAAGCUUGCAACCGUCCCCAGCGGCCUGCGCAAGACAGAGACGGUGCGGGGGCUCGAGAUUACGUACCUGUGUCGCCGAGAGACCACCUACACGCUCAAGAACAACUCCACGGAGGCCCUGCCGAAGACCGUGUAUGUGGAUCACACCGCCAGCAACGCGGACAACGGGUACAGUGUGAUCACCACGGACAAUUGCGUCAAGGCAUCGACAGGGUUCAGCCGGUUCGCGUUCCACCUGAAGCCGCAGGAGGAGGUGGUGUUCAAGGUGCAAGAGGAAGCGACGUACUCACGCACCAUCCGCCACGGCUUUGACAAGUACAUUGCGUCCAACGACACGCAGUUCUACAAGGAGAAGCACCUGCUGACGGAUGCAAUGGUGCAGCGUCUCCUGGAGGUGCGCGGGAUUGGCACCAUCGAGGACGCCGUGGAUGUGUCGGCGGCCGCACGAUGCAGCCCCUCUGAGCCGCUGGACAAGUUUGACAAGCAGCUGGACAAGGUGGUGGCCGACGUGCCAGCCUCACUCAAGGACACGGCUCAAGCAUGCUUCAGCGCUGAACUGCGCGAUGGCCUGCGGAACAUGACAUAUGGAAUGACGAGUUCAGACUGGUUCCUACCAGCCCAUUCAACAACCUCGGCCAUGGCCUCCUUCACCAGCUUGUGCACAUCGACAUCGCCGUGGUGCAUCAUCAGCUCUCCGCCCACCACUUUCGGUCUCAGAUCGAACCCACGCGAUCCACAGUCCACGAAUAUACCAAGGGUGAGAAUAUGA